AUGUCUCUCAAGGUCGUCGUCCUCGCCUACGUGGCUGUCGUCGCUCUGUGCGAUAAGGCACCAGUCCACGAACCCCUUCCCCCCGUCUACACCCCUAGACCUGCCUAUCACGCCCCUGCACCUUAUCACGCCCCCGAACCAGCCUACCACGCCCAUGCACAAUACGAGCCCGAAUACCCCGAUACCGAGGGCGGCUACACCGUGGACCUCCCCGACGGCCGCAAGCAGAUCGUCAAGUACGUGGACAAUGGCGACGGUUAUGUAGCUGAGGUCACCUACGAGGAAAGUCUAACUCAUCAGGUCUCACACCAAAUUGAAUUGAAUUGUAUUUCACCGAACUAUACUCUUUCAUACAAACCAGAUAUAUCGUGGUCAAACAACGAUCGGGAUGAAUAG